AUGGCAAGUUUGUGGAGUUUCCGGGGUCCGGUAAACCAUAGCGGCGAACGCUCGCAGAAUCCGCCAACUACUUCCGCAGAGGAGGAGGAAGGGGAACAUCGGAAACUUGAGAAGCUUGCAGUCGAGUACAAUUUUCUUUUGAAGAGCCAACUGGAAGAGCAACGUCUCUAUUACGAACGACUGCUUAGAGCUGAACAAAUCGCUGAUUGUAACCAGAAGCAGUGGAAGGAGCGCGUACGUCUAUUAGAAGAGCAAAAUGCACGGGUUGAGCAGCAAACAGCGUUGCGCAUUGGUGAUCUCGAGGGCCAGGUCCGCGAUCUAAUGUUCUAUUUAGACACGCAGUAUAAGGUGGAGCAGAGUGCUCUACCGAGAGGAUAUUAUUGUACGUCUUUUCGUUUUUCAUAUACACGCAAGCGUGCACAAAUAACUGACACGUCUCUCGCUUCACUGUAUCACAGGGUGGCACAAUCAAAAUUGAAUCCAGGACGGCAGGUACGGACAACACCAGCCAGGACACCUUCAUCGUUUGGACGAAAGACUAAAGACAAGAAGAACUAA